CACACUUACUGUAGACGGUCUGCUGCUUUCUCUCUGUCUCUCAUUUAUCUUUUAAUACAGUAUCAACUUGGCCUACCUGUAUCAAAGUCCUCACAAUGUGCAAGUUUUGCAGCAUCAAAUGCUGGUUCAUUUUCUUCAACGCGCUCUUCUUGGCAUCUGGGGUUGCCCUCAUCACUAUCGGAGCACUGCAAUACUCGACUUACUCACAGAUGGGCACUUUUGCAGGGAGCAGCCUGUCUAAAAUCACUAUAGUCCUCAUUGCUGUGGGUGUCACCAUAGCCUUCAUCUCCCUCUUGGGCCAUGUUGGAGCGUUCAUUAAUAAUUCUUCUAUGGUGGCUUGUUUCAUCUGUAUCCUGAUAGUUAUCAUCGUUCUGGAGAUACUCACAGGGGCUGCGUUUUACAUACUCCGCAGCAGGACUGCCCUCCUACAGAUGAACAGUGCUAUCAACACCAAAGCACGAGGGGUGAUCUAUGACUACAGCCCAGAGAACAGACACGCCAUCAACAGAAUUCAGGAAAAGUUUGGCUGCUGUGGUGCAGACAGCCACACUGACUGGUCCAGGAGUGUGGGCUGGGAAAACCACAACGCCGUGCCAGAUUCCUGCUGUGUGGUGAAGAGCGAGGGUUGUGGACAGGAAAAGGCGAAACUACACACAAAGGGUUGUAUCUGGGCUAUCAAGCUCUUUCUGUUGAAAAACCUGGUGUGGGUCGGUGCUGUCUGCAUUGCUCUUGGAAUCACAGAGGUCUUUGGAGUAUUAGUCGGAGUGUGCUUGUGUCUGGACAUGAAACGAAAAAGCUAUGAAAACCUCAGCUGAUGUGCCCAAGCACAGCCGACUUCACACAUCACUGACCAUUUUUAUUAAUUUUGUGCUCAAAUUUGAUCUAUUUUAUUUGCUUUUCCAGUUUAUUCUUGAUAGACUGCGCUUUAUUAUUUUCAAACUGUGUCUGAUUUCUUAAAAAAAACACCCCAUAUAUAUAAAAA